AUGAAUAAGCUGAAAUCACAAAUAUCGCAAAAAUCACAAAAUGGAUCAGAUGAUGAUUUGAAGGGUGUAAUGGCUGAAUUUGAAGAGCAACAAUCCGAAAAAGAGCCAAGUCCGGGAAGAUUUCGAUGGUAUAUUUGUUGGAUUGUUACUGGAUUAUUGACUGUGGUUCAGGCAAAUGUGCAUGUUUAUAAUUUUACGGUUUUGUGUAUGCAGGAGGAGAAUCAGAGGUUGAGGAAUGGUGAGUGAUUUAUAACUUUUGGAAUUUUUUGGAUAAUUUCUUUUGUUGAUGUUCUGAAACUAUCUUUUUCUGACAAAAAUAUUUAACUCUGGGAAUUAAUUCAAAACAUUUUGAUCUACGAAAUUUUUAUUUAUUUUUUGGAAACCUACAAAAAUAUCAUAUUUCAGAAAUAGAGACUUUUUCAAAACAAACGCUCUAUUUUGAAUUUAGGAGGAAAACUUUUUUGAUUUCAAUAAUUUUCAAUUGGGGGGUUCCACCAAAACCACCAAAACCUCGUAAUUUUUCAGAAAGCAUGUUGCUCAACCGUGUUCACGUCGAAUUUUUCAACUACAACAAACUUGAGCAAGAUCUGCUCUUCUCCGCCGCAUACAUCGCUCCACUUCCAGCUAUAAUUAUCCUAUAUAUGAUCUCAAAUAAAUCAGGUGUCAAAUUGACAAUGACAAUUUGCACAUUGAUCUCAUUAUUCUCAAUUCUUCUAACUCCACUUGCAACUUAUCAAGGUUUCUGGUUCCUUUAUGCAGUUCGAUUCUGGCAAGGUUUAUCCACCGCAGUUUUCUCGGUUGUUAUUUCAGUCGUAACUUCACAUUGGUCAACAUUAGCUGAAAAUGGUGUUUACGUAUCAAUUCUGGCUGCACAUUAUCAACUUGCACCAUUAUUAACUAUGCCACUUUCUGCUACAAUGUGUCAAAUUGGCGGGUGGACUUCGGUAUUUUAUACACAAGGAGCUUUGACAGCAAUCUUCUUGGUAUUAUUUUUUGUAUUUUAUUCUGACAAGCCUGCGGCUAACAGAUUUGUUAGCAAAGCUGAGCUGAAAAUCAUCGACGAAGGAAAAUCAAUCGAAGAAAGACAUGUUGAAAAAUCUCGAACUCCAUUCUUCGCAAUUCACACUGAUAUUGCAGUCUGGGCUAUUUGGCUUGCCUCAAUUGGAGGAACAAUCGGAUUUUCGAUCUUCCUCCAAUACGGACCAACAUACCUCAACAAGGUUCUUCAUUAUAAUUUGAGCACAACUGGUUGGACAGCUGCGAUUCCAUAUAUUUUCUCAUGUUUUGUUCGAAUCGCCGCUCAACCACUCUCCGCAAAUUGUCAUUUCUUGGGUGAACGUCUCGCAGCAAUUAUCACUACCACAAUCUCCCAGGGUACAAUGGCUGUAUGUUUCUUGAUUCUCAUGUUCAUCCCACAAGAUUGGAGUUCGGUGGGGCAACUUUGCUACUCGUUUGUUAUUGUUGCCAAUGGUUUGAAUGGAGUUGGAAUAACUCGAAGUGCUCAACUUGUUUGUAAACAACAUUUAUCGUUUGUCUAUACUGCACGAUCUUUUUAUAAUGCGACGGUUGGAUUGGCUUUGCCGAUUAUGGUGAAUUUGGUGGCACCAAAUGACACACAUAAAGAAUGGACUACCCUGUUUUUGUGAGUUGGGAAGAAAAUCUUUGUGAUCAGAUUUUUGAGUUUAGUUCUACAAAACCCGUUAUCACAGAUGAUCUUUGACUACCUAGGCCAAGAUCUUUACCAAACUUGUUAUCAAAAAUAAAAAAUGAUGAAUUAUUUGUUUUUUGUUUCAGAAUUAUCUUCAUAAUCGUCUUCGUCUCCAAUAUUUUCUUCAUUAUUUUUGCCAAAGCGGAAGCCGCACCUUGGACUGUUGGAACUGUUGAAAUCGAUGAUAGAUCAUCUCAACAUUCGAAUGAAGAAGAGCAAAACUCGAAAAUUGAGCGAUUCUAG